UAUAAAGCAAUGGACAUAUAAUAUCGAGGUUAUAGAUCUCUCCGCUCACAAAGAGUGCGAUUGAAAGAAACUCAACCCAUUACUCAUAAAUAUGUGAUAGCGCGGUAUACAUCUCAUUGUUUUUUGUUGUUGCAACGUUUCCUCUUAAAAAUCUUUUCAAAGGAAUACGCAAAUAUUAUUUUUCUUUCAAAGAAAUAAAACUCUGCAAUUUGACGUGAAUAUUCUACGAGAUAUCUGACCGUUUCGAACGAUACACCUUUGAUUUGUGCCAUACGAUAUGUCUUUCUUCGACAAUCGCUACUAUUAUGUCAACAAAAGAUUGCUGUCCGUAAUUGGCCAAUGGCCAUUUCAAUCGCGACUGGAGAGUAACAUGAUGUUUGCCGUUACAUCUUUGUUCAUUUUCAGUUUAACAGCGUUUGAGUUUUGGGGUUUAGCAGCUGGGAUAACGGAUCUGAACAUCAUCAUGGAAAAUGCUUCGCCAUUACUGGUGAAUUGCAUGAUGAUCAUCAAAUUCAUAAACUGUGUGAUUACUAAUGACAAAAUGAAAGUGCUUUACGAGGACAUCGAACAAACGUGGAAGAAAAAAUGUACGGGUGCAGAGAAAGAAAUAUUACAGCGUUAUGCGGAGAAAAGCAGAUCUUUUACAAUACGAUACGCGAAGGAAUUUAUUGCAGUUGCUCUUUAUGCAACGUGGCUCUUUUACUCUACGACACCGCUCGUCAUUACUUGGAUCUAUAAGCUAUUACCGACAAACGAAACAUACACGGCCAGGUUUCUAUAUCGCAUGGAACACGUUCUCGACAUGGACAAAUAUUUCAACCUGUUGAUGCUUCACGGGUUUAUCAGCGUAUUCUACAUAGUUCAAGUGCCGAUAGCUCUCGAAUCCACUUUUGUAUUUUGCACUCACCAUAUUUGUGCAUUGUUAGAAUGCAUAAGAUAUAACAUAGAGUGUUUACAAAGCACGGAUUUCGUGUUGCUGGAGCCAAAUAUUAAGGAUGAUAAAACGUAUCAUGACUUAGUUGACUGCAUCAAAUCCUACAAACAUGUCUUAAAACUUUCCGAUGUGCUCGCAUCUAACUAUGCAGUAUCAUUUCUCUUUUUAUUGGGAAAUAUAAUUAUAUGUUUAAGCUUCGGCGCCGCUGAGAUAAUAAUAAUAGACAUUCAACUUGACGAAUUAAUCAGAAUUCUCGCUGCUGAUUUAGCGCAAGUAGCACACAUAUAUGUGCUGAGUAUGAUUUCUCAACGAUUAAUUGAUCAUAGCAGUGCAUUUCAAGAUGUAAUUUACAGCUGCGAUUGGUAUAAUAUGUCAAUCAGAUCAAGACGUCUCGUAAUGUUUACAAUAAUGCGUACUACUAAGCCGUGCGAAAUAAAAGCUGGUAAGAUAUUCGUAAUGUCAAUGGAGAACUUCAGUUCGAUCUUAAAAGUAUCUUUAUCAUAUUUUACGAUGCUUACGUCAUUACAAGAAUCAGAAAAAACUAUAAGUUUUUAAUGAAAUUAUCAUAUCUAUUGUCUUUGGGUGUGGGAACAUAUCUGAAUAUCAUUAUUAUUCUGGUUUUAUAUCUAUAUAAAAUUUAUAUAUCUAUAUAAAAUCAGAUCACGUCCAUAAUAUACUUCAUAAUGUGUCAAAUUUCAUUUUUUAUGUCAAAAUAUUUUUUGCGUUGAGAAUAACAUUUUUCUAAUGCACCAAUAUAAAUAAGUUCUUAAGAAAACUAUUAAUUUUGUAUUGAUAUCAAUUAUUAUUCUUUUACAUGAGAUGUAAUGUAAUAAAUAAUAAAUACAGAUGUAAACCAUUA